GUUCGGGAGGGAGCCUUUCCCGUCGCGCCCUAUCCUCUUUCGUGCUGGAUAGAAGAAGAUACUCUUCCUUCUCUUCUCUGGCUCCUUCUCUGAAUCCGAAUUCCUCGUAGAAACGGGGAAGGGAAAGGUUAGGGAAUUCCGAUUCAUAAGGCGAGCGCCAAGUCCUAACAAUGGCGGAGGCUGGAGCUUUUCUCUCUCUCUGAGGAAUAGGGACUCGGGAAGCGACGCCCUUCGGGCGUGGGUUUUUCGCCAUUGGAAGCCAAACGCGGAAGACAAUCGCCAAAACGCUAGCUCGUUAGGUGAUUUUUUAGCUUCUUACCUGCUAUAUGUUAUUGUGCUAUUGAUCCAUGGAGGCGACCCUCACCGCUCCGCCUUUUACGAGCAAGGGAGCCGCUCCGUCUUUUGCUGGAUUCGCAUUCUCUCGUUACACAGUUCAUUUAUGCAGAAACCUGGGAUUCAACGGUUUUCUGCGAGGAAGUCCGGUUUUGAGGAGGAAUUUGGAUCGUCGGCGGCGUUUUAGCCGGCUCAGAGCAGAGUCGUCAAGACAUGGUUUGGAAUUGUUCGGUCUUCUGCCGGCCGCUCGCGGUUUCGGCGAUCUAAGCUGUUGCUCGGACAAGGAAAUGGCGAAGAAUGGUGAAACAGGGAUCGUAGACAAGAAUUUGUCGCCAGUACUCGUUGCCUUGAAGAGUUUUGACGGUUCGCAGUGGAAUGUAUGGAGUUUCCUUCGAACGCCUAUAUGUGUCGUGGUGUUCUGCGUCGUCACCGGUCUGAUACCGAACCAGAUGUUGCAGCGGCAGGCUAUUGCGGCCCCGGCCGUUGCCAAGACUACUAAGAGAACAGCUACUAAGGAGGAACGCUUAGGAUGGAAGGAACAUGAAUAUGCCGUUUACACUCGGAGCCUGCUGGAUACCGUCGCUGUUUUGCUAAAAAGAAUUCAGGCGGUUAGGAUUUUUUGGGACAGUAAGACGAAUCCGAAGGUCAGGGCUCCUUUUGCGAGCGUCGAGACGGCUCUCGAGGACGUGAAAGUGAGGAAGGCCAGGCUUCAGAGGGAGAUCUUUCGAGUUCUCAAUGCUGAGUUGAGUAGGUUACGGAAGGAUAAAUCUGAGCUCAUAGUUCAAGCUGAGAAUGCAUUAAAGCCGGUUACGAGCGCAAGAAGGGAGUUGCUUAAAUUGAGGAGGAGUGGCAAGGAGGGGAGGGAAGUAACUGAUAGGAUAAAGGAAUUGGAGAUGUCUAUCAGUGCUGCAGAAGCUGAAUAUAAUGGAUUGUGGGAGAAAGCGGAUGAGAUUGAUGAGGAGAUUUCAAGAAAAGAAACGAGAGUCUACAGCAUUGUCGUGAGGGAGCUGAUGUUCAUUGAGAAGGAAUGCGAGACUUUAGUUCGGAGAUUCAAACAUGAAUGGGAGCAUUCAACUCCUCAACGGGAGGACAAAGGCUCUACUAAUAGGCUAUCAGUUUCUGACAUUCGUGAACAACUAGAAAAAGCCAGAUUGGAUGUUCUGGAGCAAUUGAUUUUGCCAAGUCUUGUGGAAUCAAGUGCUUCUGAUGCAUUGGAGCCUAGUAUAAAGGAUUUUGUUGUAAACAUAAAACAUGUAUUUAAAGAGUCAAGAGAGAUGCAAAGGCAUCUCGAAUCCUCUAUAAGGAAAAAAAUGAGAAAGCAUGGGGAGGAAAGGUUGUUUUUGCAGCAAACACCAGCAAUUGAAGCAGUGAAAGGGUAUCCAGAGUUGGAAGUCAAGUGGACAUUUGGAAAGAAAGAGGUUGUUCUGCCAAAUGCUGUCAGUCAUCACUUAUACCAUGGUUGGAAGCAAUGGCGAGAAGAAGCUAAGGCAAACUUGAAGCAAAAGUUGCUUGAAGACAGUGACCAUGCUAAGCAGUACUUAGCCAAAAGACAGGAGCGUAUACUUAUUGAUCGGGACAGAGUUGUGGCUAAAACAUGGUACAAUGAAGCAAGGAAGAGAUGGGAAAUAGAUCCACUAGCUGUUCCUUAUGCUCUUUCAAAAAAAUUAGUGGAUUAUAUUCGCAUUAGGCACGACUGGGCUGUCUUUUAUGUUAUGCUUAAAGGAGACAAUAAAUCAUAUUUUGUUGAUGUCUUGGAAUGCGAUAUGGUUUUUGAAGAUUUUGGGGGCUUUGAUGGGCUAUAUAUUAAGAUGUUGGCAUCUGGAGUCCCAACUGCAGUACAAUGGAUGUGGAUACCAUUCUCUGAAUUAGAUCUGGUUGAACAACUUCGCUUGUUCACAAAAAUGUUUUAUAAAUGUUUAGUUGCAUUCUGGAAUUUCGAAUUUGUAGCAAAUGCAAGAGAGUCGUGCCUUUCUAAGUUAACAAAUAUCAAUGCUGAUAUAAUGGUCAUGAUUGGUUUUCCGACUCUGGAAUUCCUUAUACCAAAACCGAUAAGAACAAGAUUAGGGAUGGUCUGGCCAGAAGAAGAAAGUGAAAUUGCUGGUUUUUCGACUUGGUACUUAAAGUGGCAGGCAAAGGCUGAAAUGAUUUUUCGAGCUAGGAAAAGGAAUAACCUAAGGUGGUUUCUUUGGUUUGUGAUUCGAAGUGUCAUCUAUGGAUACUUGAUAUUUAAUGUGAUCCGUUUCGCAAGAAAAAGGGUUCCAAGGGUACUUGGCUAUGGACCCUUUCGCAGGAAUCCAAACAUGAAAAAAUUGAACAGAGUGAAAGCUUAUUUUCGAUUUAAGUUCAGCAGGCGAAUUCGUCAGAAAAAUGAGGGCGUUGAUCCUAUAAAAGCAGCUUUUGAGCAAAUGAAGAGGGUGAAGAAUCCACCAAUUUGGUUGAGGGACUUUGCUAGUGUGGAUUCUAUGAGGGAGGAAAUCAUUGAAAUUGUAGCAUUUCUGAAAAACCCUACUGCUUUUCAGCAAAUGGGUGCUCGCGCACCUCGGGGAGUUCUGAUUGUGGGCGAGAGAGGAACUGGUAAAACAAGCCUUGCGUUAGCUAUUGCUGCAGAAGCAAGGGUUCCUGUUGUGGAAGUUAAGGCUCGUCAAUUAGAGGCUGGUUUGUGGGUUGGGCAAAGUGCCUCAAAUGUUAGGGAGCUUUUUCAAACAGCAAGAGAUUUGGCACCUGUCAUAAUCUUUGUUGAGGAUUUUGAUCUUUUUGCUGGUGUUCGGGGUGAGUUUAUUCAUACAGUGAAGCAAGAUCAUGAGGCUUUCAUAAAUCAACUCCUUGUGGAACUUGAUGGCUUUGAGAAACAAGAAGGGGUAGUUUUACUUGCUACUACAAGCAAUUUAAAGCAAGUUGACCCUGCUUUACGGAGGCCUGGACGAAUGGACAGGAUUUUGCACCUUCAGCGACCCACCCAACUUGAAAGAGAGAAGAUCUUGUACACAGCAGCCAAAGACACUAUGGAUGAACAACUUGUUGGCUAUGUUGACUGGAAAAAGGUUGCAGAGAAAACAGCCCUUCUUCGCCCUAUAGAACUCAAGGUUAUCCCUAUGUCUUUGGAAGCUGCUGCUUUUAGGAACAGGGUUCUUGAUGCAGACGAGCUUAUGAACUAUUGUUGCUGGUUCAUGGGUUUGAGUCAUUUUAUUCCAAGUUGGUUCAGGCAAACUGCAAUUAUGAAGAGCACAAGUAGGUGGCUUGUAAAUCAUCUUGGCUUGACCUUGACAAAGGAAGAUCUGGAAUCAGUGGUUGAUCUAAUGGAGCCUUAUGGACAGAUAAGCAAUGGGAUUGAAUUUUUGAGUCCUCCACUUAACUGGACUAGGGAGACAAAGUUCCCCCAUGCUGUUUGGGCUGCUGGUCGUGGUCUUAUUGCACUUCUUCUUCCAAACUUUGAUCAAGUAGAUAAUGUGUGGCUUGAGCCAGCUUCAUGGGAGGGAAUAGGGUGCACAAAGAUUACAAAGGCAAAAAGUGAAGGGCCAAGAACUGGAAAUGUUGAAACGAGAGUUUACCUUGAGAAAAAACUUGUAUUUUGCUUUGGUUCAUAUGUUGCUGCUCAAAUCUUACUUCCCUUUGGUGAGGAAAAUUAUUUGUCAUCAUCUGAACUACAGCAGGCACAGGAGAUAGCCACUAGAAUGGUGGUUCAGUAUGGAUGGGGUCCAGAUGACAAUCCGACAAUCUACUUUUGUAGCAACUCGAGCUUUACUCUAAGCAUGGGAGAUAGUCAUGAAUAUGAGAUGGCAGCUAAGGUUGAGAAGUUAUAUUAUUCUGCCUAUGAGAAGGCAAAGCAGAUGCUCCAGAAGAACCAUAGAGUACUUGAAAUUUUUGUGGAGCAGUUGCUUGAGUAUGAGAUGUUGUCGGGGAUGGAUAUGGUAAGAAUUUUCGAAGAAAAUGGAGGAAUUCGGGAGGUGGAGCCUUUUAUGCUGCUUAACCAUUUCACUAAGGAGCAGCCCUCUAGUAAUAUCCCGAACGCAACCCCAGUGCUCACAUAGCAAAAUGCCUGGCCUUCCACUGAACGCCACAAGAUUUUUGGAGAUCUACAGUCUCACUUUGUGGCGGGGCACUGUCUGCGCUGGAAGAACAGUUUUCACGGCAUUGGACGCUUCAUAUCAAAGCAAAUUUCCCCUCUCCAGCUCCUCAAGUGAAUCGUCAUUCUUGGACACCAAAUCGGUGCUGAUGGGUGCCGGCCUUGUGGUUGCAAGGAACUGACAUCAGGUUACGAUCCAGAAGCAUUCGAUGGUUUAUGUGCUCUAGAGGGUGCAUUCCAUCUUAUGAAGAGCAUGAGAAGUCUGGUCGAUGUAACUACUACCAUUUCACCAUCAAGGCAUUUUGAAAGCCAAUCGUAUUCCAUGAGUAUUCUAGGUUCUUAGUUUUACUGAGAGAGAACUUGUAAUAUGCCGGCUUUCUCCUGUUCGGAAUUGUUUUCUGUAAAUUAUUUUUGAUGUCCUGUCCCAGAUUAGUAUC